AUGACCCAAGUAGCUAAAGAUGCGGCCAGAUUUCUGAAGAGCACUCUACGCCUGCCUUCGUCGACAUUUCCACCUCGACCUCGUCCUGCGGACAUCGCCAAAUACCUUCCAAAAUGCACAGAUGAGCUCUAUGCCUGGCAGCGCCGCGAGAGGCCUGCUUCCAACACGUUCGUGCUGCACGAUGGACCGCCCUAUGCGAACGGCGAUCUGCAUGUCGGACACGCGCUCAACAAGAUCAUAAAGGAUAUAAUCUGUCGGUCCCGGCUGGCAGAGGGCAAAAGAAUAGACUAUGUUCCUGGAUGGGACUGCCAUGGCCUGCCGAUUGAGCUCAAAGCGCUGGAGCACCAUGGCUGGGCGCGGGGACAAGGUGUUGAUCCAGUGGCGAUACGCAAAGCGGCGCGCAAGUUUGCCUACAAGACGGUUGAAAGGCAGAUGGCCGGAUUUCGGUCCUGGGGCGUGAUGGGCGACUGGGGGAACCACUGGCUGACAAUGCAGAAAGACUUCGAGCUGAGACAGCUGUCUGUCUUCCAGACGAUGGCAGAGCAUGGCUUGAUCUAUCGCAAGAACAAACCCGUCUACUGGUCGCCGUCGUCUGGAACGGCUCUCGCGGAGGCAGAGCUCGAGUAUCAGGAAGACCAUGUGUCCAAUGCCGCUCUAGUCAAGUUCCAGUUGAAUGGGGGAAUUGGUUCUGUGGUUGAGCCCGUUUACGCAUUGGUCUGGACCACCACCCCUUGGACCCUACCGGCAAACCAAGCCAUCGCGAUUCACUCAGGACUACAGUACUCCCUGGUCAGGUUGGGCCGGCAUGGUUUGGUAAUAGUAGCCCGGUCAAGGUUACCAUAUCUCGAAGAAACAACUGGAGAACAGGCUGAAAUUGUGAUGGAGGACAUCCCUACGGGUGAAGUCCUGCAAAGCACUUACUCUGGCAUUCAACAGCUAGCAACUGGCCCGGAAACGAGACCGAUCAUACACGCAGACUUUGUCUCUGCUGACAGUGGCACUGGCCUUGUUCAUUGCGCACCAGGUCAUGGUAUGGAAGAUUACGAGGCCUUGCAACCUCUGAUCAAAAGCGGCAUCGUAUCUGUAAAAGCACCGGUCGACAAUAGCGGCCGCUUCGACGAUAGUGCGUCUCCGAGUAAUCCCAGCAUGCUUGCAGGAAAGUAUGUCUUUAAGGAAGGGAACCAGGCCGUACUGGAAAUGUUGAAAACAGAGAAUCUUCUCGUGCACCAGCACAGCUACAAGCACAAGUACCCCAUUGACUGGAGGACCAAGGAGCCUGUCAUCAUUCGUGCAACUGCACAAUGGUUUGCCGAUAUUUCCAAGAUCCGAGCCGACACCCUGAGCGCUCUGGACAGUGUGAAAUUCUUGCCUGAAACGGGAAGAAGUCGCCUUCGGAGUUUCGUCGAGAACAGAAGCGAGUGGUGCAUAUCUCGUCAGCGUGCUUGGGGAGUGCCUAUUCCUGCAAUCUACCACAAAGUCACGGGCGAGGCGGUUCUGACACCAGAAAGCGUCACACACAUCACCAAUGUUAUCAACGAACGGGGUAUCGACGCCUGGUGGUCGGACGCACCCGAUGACCCAGCGUGGAUUAGCCCUAGCCUUGCAUCCGACACCUCAGGCUUCGUCCGUGGCACGGACACGAUGGACGUUUGGUUCGACAGUGGCACCAGCUGGAUGUAUAUGCUCAAAGAUCAAGACGAUUCCCAGCCUCAGUCCAGACCGCUAGCUGAUGUGUACGUCGAAGGCACCGAUCAGCACCGAGGCUGGUUCCAGUCAAGCUUGCUCACCAACAUUUCCUAUCAGAAGUCUAUACAUCCGGAUGCUUCUUCGUCCUACGCGCCGUUCCGCAUCCUCGCCACGCAUGGUUUCACGCUCGAUGCACACGGGAAAAAGAUGAGCAAGUCUCUCGGCAAUGUGAUUGCACCCGACCAGAUCAUCACUGGCAUCGAGCCAGUUCUUAAGCCAACAGCUGCAAAGAAGCAGAAACGAGAGAACCACCCCCUGGGACCGGAUGCACUGCGGUUGUGGGUGGCCAGUAGUGAAUGGACGAAAGAUGUGGUCAUCAGCGAGAAGGUGGUUUCAGCGGUGCACAACGCACUUGACAAGUACCGGCUUACCUUCAAGAUGUUGUUAGGCAUGCUGGCAGACUUUGACCCGUCUAUGGCAGUUUCUUACGAUCAGAUGUCACGACUCGACCAGAUCGCCAUGCACCAUUUAUACUCUGCAAGCACGGCAGUGCGAAGGGCAUUCAGCGAUUUGGAAUUUCAUAAGGCGGAAUCCAGCAUCUAUCGCUGGGUUGCGAUGGACUUGUCGAGUUUCUACUUUGAGGCGAUCAAGGAUACAAUUUAUUGCGACAAGCCGAACAGCGAGCGGAGAUUAAGCGCCCAGACAGCUCUGCAUCAUAUUUUCUGUCAGUUGCAAGAAAUGUUAAGUCCGAUCACUCCGUUGCUCGUCGAGGAGACUUGGGCAUAUUCCCCAGAAGCGUACAAGACAGGUGUGCAGCAUCCACUGAAAAGGGUAUGGGAGAAUCUACCGUCAACGUGGUAUGAUCCACGUCUUCAGAGGACGCUCCCAUCACUCAUGGCCAUCAAAUCAAGUGUGAACGGGGCGCAAGAAGCCGCCAGAACGAGCAAACUGAUGGGACAGUCAUUAGCGUCAGAUGUCACGCUCUACCUCUCAAGCGCCGUGGACGUGUCCAGCAUUCCGGAGGAGACAUGGAAGGAGAUUUUGGUUGUGUCCGGGUUUCACAUCUGUAGAGAUGGGGAGCAACCCGGGAAUGUGGAGGAUCUGAAUAUGCAGGAUGGGAGCGCAUGGGCAAGGGCAAGUGAGAUUGUUUCGACUGGUGGAGAGAAGCUGGGGGUUGCUCUUGUUCAGAGCCCUCAAAAGGACAAAUGCUCAAGAUGUUGGAAGUAUGUGGUGGAAUCCGAGGAGCCAGCAACAACGUCGGACUCAGCUGAGUUGGAGACCAUGGGAGAGCCUCCUCUUUGUGAACGAUGUACAGAUGCUGUUGCUGCAUUUCGCAAAUGA